AAAUGAUCAUCAAACAAAAUCAGAUCAUUACAGAAAUAAAUGGCGAACACAAAGUUUUAAGAGAACAGAUAUCAAAAUUGCAAACAACAAUGGUUGACCAAAACAAAAUAAUAGUUGAAAUGCUGGUUGAGCAAAAAAUUCAGUUGCAAGGUUUACAUAAUGUACGGAAAAAUAUUAACAACCUAAUAACGGUAUAUCCAAUUAAAACUGAAGAAGAUCUUCAGAAAAUGGAAACUCAAAUAAACGAAGCUAAUGAAGACAAAUAUAUAUCAGCUAUUAAAUAUUUAGUAGAUGGAAAUGUUGUAAAAAAUCUAGAACGUGUAUUAUCCCGAGAAUUGUGCGUAUUAUAUAAUAUAGACGGGAUACGUGGAAAAAAGUGUUUAAGACAUUAUAAAAACGUAUACAAAACUAUUAUAUCUGCAAUAAAUAGUUAUUCAACCAACGCUGAGAAAGAAAUAAGGACCGCACUUCAAGUGGUAAAGAAACGUCACUUUCGUUCCGUUUGUGCAAAAAAAAAAGGUAUCUGCUAAAAUCGAUGUGGUACUAGAAACUAAUGAACUUUAAAUAAAAUUUUAAG